UGAUGGUGAAGAAGGUGGUGGAGUGAGGUGAGGUAGUCAGAGCUCUGACACACAGACACAUAGAGGUACAGAUCAGUGGUCUGAGAUGUGCAGAAGUGUGUAUUUGCUGGUGCUGGUAUUCAGCAUCUAUAGGAUCGGUCUGAGCUCUUCAUCAGCUGUGACUGUGAUAGCAGGAGAAAACAUCACACUGCACUGCAACAUCUCCCCAAGCAUUGAGAUGUUCUGGUACCGGCACAUCGACCAGGAGCUCACCAUGAUCUUAUCAGCCACCGAAGGAAUUCUGGAUAAAGACCUGGCAGCGAAUUACAACCAAGAUCCUGAUCACUUCCAGAUGUUAUUUCAAAAUCAUUCGGGACAUAUCUCUCUGAGUCUGAUCAUCGUGGACGUCAGACAGUCUGAUAUCGGCCUGUAUUACUGUGGCGCCAGACGGGAGGGGACUGUCGCCUUUGCGAGAGCUGUCCAUCUGCAGUUUACAGAUGCAGUUAAGUACACGUCAGGGAGUGUGCAGUGCUGGACGCCUCUGAUUGCUGUCUGCUGUUCAUUUGCUCUCAUGCUCACGCUCUGCCUCAGUGUCAUCUAUAAACGAGGCCUUCCUUCAUCCUCCUGUACGAAGUGUGUGAAAGAUAAAGACAUGAAGGAGGCAGAUCUGCAUUAUGCAAGUCUCAGACACAGUGCAACACCUCAGACGAGAAACGUUUCACCUGCUAACCUCAAUGUGAUUUAUGACACAGUCGCCAAAAAGGUCACCAAUAAUCCCAGGGUUUAAGCUAAAUAUCUGCUUUACUACUUAAGUGUGUGUGUGUGUGUGUGUGUGUGUGUGUGUGUGUGUGUGUGUGUGUGUGACAGAAAGAGAACAAGACCAAAUAUAAUUCUCAACAAACCAGCACCAGGACUUUUCUUCAUUUUCAGUAUUAAUUUAUUACACUCAGCUUAUUUGCAUAUAAUUUGCAUAUUGUUGUUUAUUGUAGCUUAAAGUAAUCAUAUAUGUAGCUUAACAUCCUUUUCUAUAUACAGGUAGAGUGUGUGAAAGGCCAUGUGUUUAGUCAUGUAGCGUUGUGGUGUUUAAGCCUGCUUAAGCAGUGUGAUAAGAAUAAAUAAAUCAUGCUCAUGAAUAUUUAAUCAGCUAUAUCAAAUUACGCAUCUGAUUCAGUGUGAAUAAAAGAGGAAAUCUGUUUAUCACACACUACUGUCCACUUCCUUCAUUCACUUCUACACUGGUUCAUUAUUGUUAGUUUUAUUGCUGUGUGUGUGUGUGUGUGUGUGUGUGUGUGUGUGUGUGUGUGUGUGAGUGUGUGUGUGCAUGUGUUUGUAUGUGUGUGUGUGUGUGUAGGUGUGUGUUCUAUGUCCAAUGGUGUGUGUGUGUUCCAUGUCUUAUGGUUCCUAUGGUGUGUGUGUGAGUGUGUGUGUGUGUGUGUGUGUGUAGGUGUGUGUUCUAUAUCCUAUGGUGUGUAUGUGUCCUGUGUUCUAUGGUGUGUGUGUGUGUGUGUGUCCUGUGUUCUAUGGUGUGUGUGUGUGUGUGUGUGUCUGUCCUGUGUUCUAUGGUGUGUGUGUGUCCUGUGUUCUAUGGUGUGUGUGUGUGUGUGUCCUGUGUUAUAUGGUGUGUGUGUGUCCUGUGUUCUAUGGUGUGUGUCCUGUGUUCUAUGGUGUGUGUGUGUCCUGUGUUCUAUGGUGUGUGUGUGUGUGUCCUGUGUUCUAUGGUGUGUGUGUGU